UUCCCAGCACUAUUGAGAAUGAUGUUGAUGUGUAUUCUUUGAGAAAGUAUGCAUUAUCAUGAAAGUAAAGGGAUGAACUUAGUAUUCCUAAUAUCUGUUUCCUUUGUUUAAACUAUAGGGACCUCUCUUCAUGCAGUUUGACUCGUCUGAAAAAACACACGUUUCGGCGUUUUGGUAAAUUGGAGUUUUUAUCCCUUGAUGAAAACAACAUUGAAAGUCUCGAAAACGGUUGCUUCAAUGGUCUAAUCAAUUUAAGAGAACUGGACCUGCGUAAAAAUGGCAAUGAUUUCACAUUACAAGAUGAGGUCUUGAAAGAUACUCCAUUUCUAACCAAACUACACCUUGAGGGUAACCCAGGAAUCACAUCACUGCGCUUUCUCAGAACUAUAACCAGUUUACGAGAAAUUUCCGCGGAUUCCCUGAGUUCUUGCUUACGUUGCAACUACAAAAGAAUUUCCAGAAACGAGCGUUGUCUAAGUCCUAGACGUUGCCUCGUCUCAAGGGAGGAUCCUUUUGAGAAUACGUCGUGCACGUGCUCUGAAUGUAAUCCUAUCAAUACCGGAAUGUCUGCAGAGAAUUGCACCGAUGAAUUUCCGAUACCGCCAAGGAUUCUCGGAGAUAAUACUGCUGUUCGCGUUGUAUUAUGGGUAAUAUCGACUCUCGCGUUAGUCUCGAAUCUAGCGUUGAUUGGCACUUGGAUAUAUACGCAUGCCCGCCGACAAAAGUCGCUGAGUAUUUUUAUCGUUGGCCUAGCUCUCUCGAAUUUAUUUGUGACCUCAAGUGUUCUCACCCUUCUGGUUGCUGAUAGUCACCAGUCUCCGAGAGACGAGACAAGUGCCCUUGGCGAAGGAAAUUGGUCCCAGUCUGUUUGUAGCUCGGUUUAUUUCCUUAAGCAUUUUGGGAUAUAUUCAUUUGUAAUUACUCUGACUUUGAUUAUACUGGAGCGAUUUUCAAAACUGGGUUACAAACUAUGCAUUGCUGCUGAUAUCUCGUUCCGUCGCUCGGUCGUGUACACUGCCGAGGCCUGGGUGCUAUCAUUCUUGCUAAUUAUUCCACCCUGGACGCGGGUAACGACCUGGCACAAGUUUUGUAUGGCGAAUUAUGAAAUGUUGUUCGCCCAAGUGAUGUAUAUCAUAUGCGGUUUACUGGUGUUAGGUGUCUGUUGCUCAAUCCUAAUGCAGGUUUGCCUGCUAUUUUGGCGCCGGAUUCUCACCCAAAAUUCGGGCACACGAAAUAAAGAAACCCGCACGGACAUUCGCCUUGUUAUUGCGGGCGUAGUAACUUUCGUGAUGAUGGGCAUUCCUCAUUGUUCUGUCGCUAUUCUGCAAAUAAGCAAGAAAGAAACCGGAACUGAGGUGGUUACCAUUCUCCUGGCGAUAGCAUGUCUUCUGCAGUCACUUAUAUUUAUACACUACUCGCCUAGCGCAAUCCGCUUGAGCGACACAUUAUCCACAAAAAACAUGGAGUGUACAUGUGGAAAAUGUAAUGUUGAACAAUUUUACUGCACGAAGUACUCGCUUGACUCGCUCAAUCCACCGAAAUCCCCUGACACUUAUGCGGAAUAUGAGGAUGAAUACGAGAGCCAGCGACCCUUUCCGAAAGCUAAAACUACGGAACAUGUUUCGGCCGACUCUCUUCUUGAUUUAGACACAUGGACGUCGCGCAGCACUAAGACAAAGUCCUGGAUCGAGUCGUGUGACUAUGAAGAUCUGAGAAAGAUUAGAACCCAGCCAUGGGUUCAAUGUUCGAGACAGGGCAGUAGUUUUCAAGAGAUCACAAGAAAGCCACGUGCUCUGACGUGGAGCGAUAAAUAUGGCGGGAAGUCUACUUCAACUUCGGGUGUUAAUGACGUAUCAAGUGUGACGUCUUCGUCUUCCGAGCGUGCGUCGAGCAUCUCAAACCGUGCUCGGUCAAGCUCCGAACGAGAACGUUCUUCAUCUGAUCGCACGCCGUCGGUAGGAGUCGUCACGAAAGAAAACACGAUGGUCAGAAUAGAACCUGAACUUCUGACAGUAGAGCACGAAGUUGCCACAACAGAACACGAAGCGGAUGAUGAAAAAACAUGUGAACACAAAAGAAGGUCGAAGCGCUUGAGUUCCUUGCGAGGUCUCAUACAACGAGCGCUUUCCCCAAAACGCCAAAGAUCUAAAUCUUUGCCUGAAAAGACCGAAGAAUGUGUUAAAAAGUUUGAACGCUCUCAAUCAGCGCCGUUUGCGGAGAUAACACUGGAAAAAACUGCAAAACUCAACAAUAUUCUCACAAUUGAGAUUCCACCAGAGUCUAAAAAUAUGGGACCGGAGUGCGCAAACGAAAAGACUGGUGAGAGCACAUAUAUGGACCGUCUAGCAUCUUUCUUCAUCCUAGCACCCGCAAAAUCCCCCAAACACCCACGAAAACCUACGUUCUCCCCUAGUAAAUCGAAGCCAGUAGGUGUAAGUUCUCCAACUCCAUCGCAAAAAAGCUCAAUGGCAGAAAGGCUUGUGAAAAGUUUAUCUAUCGGUCGAAAAUCCCCUUCACAUGAACCCGCAUCACCCGGGAAGACGAUCGCCCUAGAAGCGGGUGAUAUCCUCACCGAAUUACCAGUUAUGCGAAGACACAAACUCAGAACCAAGCCCCGAGAUGCGAUGGCGCGCAUGAGUACUGCUUCGACUGGUUCAACUGGUUCUGCCGCGACCAGAUACAGCAUGGAAUGGGAUCCUAUUGGAUCUGUCGAAGGUUAUGCCGAACGCGAAGUUCUACCCCCCUACCCACCAAUUAAAACCCACAACGGUCACCCCCCGGUAAAUGUAUCGAGGCCUGUGCCUAGUGUCCAGCUUCCCGAGCAACCCAAAUCAACUGAGCGAACUAGUUUGUACAGUUUGGAUUGGGAUCCAACUUCUGUCCAAUUACGGAACAGUGUUGUUUCACGUGAUAGUUUAGGAUCACUUGGGGAUCUCAGUGACGACGAAGGACAGAUGUAUGAUAUAGAAGAUUGUGAAGGAUCGAAAGGUAAAACUGUGUGGGUGUAAACUGUUAAAAACUGAGAGAUGUAAAUUAAUUUAAGGCGAUUUCACCAAGAAUAUCAUAUUCAGUAGCAGAUGAUGAUCAAAUACAGCAAUAGAAUGAUGUCAUCAUCUUUAUUUAGCUGCGCAUGC